UAAUUUUAUUUAAAAAAAAGUCUAUCCCACACGUUGUAAUUGCGCAGGCAAGAUGUCAACUCUUUGUAGAAAAACGUAACCGGUCUCACACCCUAUAGCUUUAAAAGCCAAACCAACACCACCUCAACCACCCUGAAAACCUUGUAAAUGAUCACGAUGAAGCUUGUUUGGUCUCCAGAGACCGCCUGUGAAGCCUACAUAGACACUGUUAAAUUAUGUGAGAAUUUCAAAGAAUCCAGCGUUGCUGAACUCCUCUCAGCCAUGGCUGCUGGUUGGAACGCAAAGUUGAUUGUCGAAGCCUGGUCCUACGGCGGUCCAAUGCCCACCAGCAUCGGCCUGGCUGUAGCCGCUCGACACACCUCCGCACGACACGUGUGUGUAGUCCCAGAUGAACGUUCAAGAUUAGCGUAUGUUAAAGGCAUGUACGAGUCGGGCAUAUCGGCAACAGAAGUGAUAGUAAGAGAAGCAGAAGAGGCCAUGGUGGAGCUUGUGGGCGUAGAUUUCUUGGUAGUUGAUAAUAAACGUAAAGAUUUUGGUAGGAUUUUUAGGUUUGCAAAGUUCAGUAAUAAAGGAGCCGUUUUAGUUUGCAAAAAUGCCAGUCAGCGGAGUUUUGGAAGCCGUAAUAUUUCUGGGUUACGGUGGAACGGGGUUCUGGAGAGUGGGACACGUGUCGUCAGAUCGGUGUUCUUGCCGGUGGGACAAGGAUUGGAUAUGGCUCACGUCGGGAGUAGUAAUGGUAACAGGGAAGAGAGUUUAAAGAAGAGUCCUACUCGUAGCCGUUGGAUCAAGCAUAUUGAUCAACGAUCAGGGGAGGAGCAUGUGUUUCGAGGAAAUUUUAUGCCGAGGUGAAGUAGACUAGAUGGGCGUAUUUUGGCCAAAGUGAAAAUUUCUUCUACGUCCUUGUUUGAAGUCAAAAUCAGAGGGUGUAAUUGAUAUUUUCCUUUUUGUAAAUUAGGAGCUAUCUCAUAGUAUGAAUAAUGUAAAUGUUUGCAAAUUUAAUAAAGACACUAAAACUUGUUUUAA